AUGCCGGGCUGGAGACCGUUGCCGCGAAUCGCCUUCGCCAUCUGCAUAUACCCCUUCCAGCCCUCGUCGCCGGCCGACCUGCCCCUCGAAAUUGGCGAUGAACUGUACAUAAUCGAACAGGGCGGCAGGGACGGUUCCUGGUAUAGGGGAUACCUCGUCGCCCCGCCGUCGCUGCUGGCCGGACUCACCAGCGUCAAGGGCCAGACGCUCGAGGCGCGCGUCUUCUCUGGCAUCUUCCCCCGCUGCUGCGUUGAGGUGCGCGAGGUUCUCGGCGACGGCAAGACGAGCAGGUCGCCAGUCACGGACCAGGCCGAUAAAGUGCUGCAAGAAGGAACCCAGAACCACGCCGAGAAUGCCACCACGACGAACGGCGUCAUCACGCCCACGGAGAGCGCCAACGGCAAACCCCCCGCCGCGAGGAGAGCCUCAAAGACCGAACACAUAUCAGCGCUGCCGUCGUCCGCGUCACGCCCGCUGUCACGCCGCAGGUCUACUCGAAAACGCACAGCAAGCCAGGGCUCGCAAUGGACAGCGCGCUCCGAGCACCUCCAGCAGCUCGCGCUGCCACUAUCACCCAUAUCCGUCUCCUCUCGCGACCCCAUGGCGCCACGGCCACCUGCACCGGUGCCGAUGCUAAAGAUCGGAGACGAGACGCCGACGUCCGCGCAGGAGCCAUUGGUCGACGAGAUCGCGUCGUGCCUGCGCGAAUGGCACUCCACGAAGCUGCACGAGCUGAUGCUGGUGCGCAAGUACAAGGACCUGGACAGGAUGUCGGGUCUGGUGCAGCGACUGGACGCCGCGCGACGCCAGCUGUUGCACAAGGUGCUGACGGCUCGAGAGUUGGAAAAAGUGCGGGAGACCACCGUCUGGGACCUGGUUGCCGGGAACAAGAUGCUCUGCGGGGACGUCAUCGUGCGGAGCCCGUCGCAGCGCGGUCGCGUGUUGACGGGCGACGACUCGGCGAUUGAGAUCACGAAAUUGCAGUCUAUGAUGAGUCUGCUGGACACAAGGCCUGUUCCUAACAUUGAUGAGCAUAAUCUGCAUCAUUUGUUCGUCAAUCUCAAGCAGGUCGUUGGAGACGUGACUGCGGGGGCUGUCCAGAUCAGCAUGCAUCUGUGCAGUAAGACACCUGGGUCUGCCCCUGUGCCGCUUUCAGAAGCGUAUUCUUUCGAUCUCACGGCAAGGGAUGGGUCGCCGAUUCCAUUGAGCGGGGAGAAAUUCAAAUCACUCUUCGUAGACCUGAGCUCGACCGAUAUUGGAGAAGGGUCCGGCUCAGGAUCGAGUUUAUAUCUCGUUUUCAAGUUGCUGUCCAGCGAGGCGAUUCGAAGCGCGCCGGGCAAGGAAGGACAGCCCGGCGCUCCGCGGGAGAGCACGUCGAGCAACCCGCCCACAUUCCAGCCGUCGCAAUUCGGCAGCAUCAAGGGCAGGCGGAGCGUCAUGUUUGGGUCCAAGCGGAAGGAAUCUCCCAACACCACUUUCAGCUCCACCGACACGCGACCUGAUAGCAAAGAAGCGAAUCACAAGAAUAGCAUCGAUGGACGGCCCGAGUCGGCGGCGAGAGCGAGGGCUUCGUCGCGCGACACCAAGUCCCUGAAGCGAGCUGCCGCCGUGGGCGUGCUCCGCGUGGAUGUGUUAAUGCGUGCGCAAUCGGAAGCAGAUCAGAACAUCACUCUCUGGUCUGCGCCUACGCCGCUUGAUGAGAGCGCGGAGGAUGAUCGAGAUUGGGACGAUAUACUGACGGAGAUAUACCCGAAUGCCCAGGGGACAUACAGAAAGCAUCCUAACGUCAGUCGCAUUACCAUCCACGUGAAAGCAUUCGCACACCCCGACGCCGAAAGCCUGGUCGAGAAGACGCCGACCCUACUGCACAGCAUCAAGCAGACCCGCAAGAUCGGGUUCUCAGGCGCCCCCACGAAACCCAGGAGCGACAUCUACCUCACGCUCGUGGAACCAUUCCUUCCCCGGAACUCAUUCCUCGCCCACCCCAAGACGGGCACGGUCCCACUGGCCCAGACCACACCAAUGGGCAACCUCCAACUGACGAUCGAAGUGCGCAAGUCGUCCGGGGAGCGCAUCGAGAACUGCGUGUAUCCGUCGAGCAACAGCGCAGGCCACACGGCGUGGCGGACGACGGCGAUCGAGCGCGGCGAGGGCUGGAACAUGACGAUCCGACUCGCGAUCGAGCCCGAGGAUGUUCCAGGGUCGCACAUCGUUAUGAGCGUUGCUGACGCCCCUGGAUUUCCCUUCGCACUGUGCUGGAUGCCCCUCUGGGACAAGGACGCCUUCACGAGAGACGGCGAGCAUUCGUUGUCGUUGUAUAGGUACGACGAGUAUACGUCGAGCAUGAUUGCCGGGAAGGGCGCGUACUUGGGUCUCCCGUGGAGUGCGAGGAAGAAGGAUGAACAGGUCAUGGGUCCGAUGGCCGCGCUGCAUCUUCGGACGUAUCUGUGCAGCACGAAGUACUCGCAAGACCCUAUCUUACUAGGUCUGUUGAAAUGGAAAGAACAGGCUGGUGGCGAACUCGUCAGUCUUCUCAAGCGGUUCCACUUCGUGCCGGAGAUCGAGGUGGUCAAGUUGUUGAACGAGGUCUUCGAUGCACUGUUUGAGAUCCUCGUUGAGUAUGCUGGCAGCGAUGAGUACGAGGAUUUGGUGUUCAAGGCGUUGGUUGCGGUGCUCGGUAUCGUACAUGAUAGACGGUUCAAUCUCAGUCCGCUGGUGGAUCAAUAUGCCAAGUCGAGGUUCUCAUAUCCGUUUGCUACGUCCUGCCUUGUUCGCAGCUACACAAGGUUACUUGCCAAUCCGGCCGAUCCAGCGAGCUCGCGAAGUCUAAGGUCGACGUUCAAAGUCGGACGGCACGUGUUCAAGUUCAUAAUGAACGCCCGACAGCAGCAGAAGGAGAAGGAAGCCGGAAUCGGCAUCACAGGCCGCCAGUCAACAUUCACAAAAGACAUCAACACCAUCUUCCAGUCCCUCGAAGUGCUGAUGCGCAAUUCGUCCCCCGUGCUGAUCGGCACCAAGACGAUCCUCGUGCAGAACUUCCACACGUGGCUGCCCGAGCUUUCGCCCUCGAUGACCCCGGUGGAGAUCUUCAAGCUCGCGUCCAACUUCAUCGAGUCAUGCGGCACGGCUCAGGGGAAGCUUAUCCUCUACAAGCUCCUGCUGAUCCACCACAUCACCGGGCUGGAGGUUUUCAAGGCGCCGGAUACUCGACGAGAACUUUUGACCAGCACUGUCAAGUGGCUUGCUCCUCACUGGGGCAAGAUCGAUGUCAUCACGGAGCAAUGGAAGGAUCAGGUCGAGGAAUUGGGCCAGGAAGCUUGCGAAUACAUCCCCAAGCUCGUGGAUUCGUACAGAGCUAUUCAAGCUACCGGACGGCAGGCUAAGAAAUCGUUGUCGCUUCUCUUCCCUACAUCGUUUCCCUUUCCGUCGCGGCCGACUACAACUCAAGCUACAUUCGACGAAGCAUUGAUCGAAUUGUCGGCCGUCCUGGCGGCAAUGUCCAGUCUUCCAACUAUAAUACACCUCGACUGGCCGAAGGCAGAUAUCGCCAAUUUCCUGUUCUCCGCAUUGCAGGUCUACAUAUCGAUUCUCGACGGCGAGGCAUUCCCAUCGUCAUGGCUGAGCGUCCACAUCUUCCACCACAAAGCCACCAUGCGGACGCUGGAGAAGUUCGCAGGCAUCCUCACGGAUUCCUUCCUCCCUCACGCAGACGAAGCGGACCAAUUCAACACCGAACUCUGGCGAGCCUUCUUCGACGCGCUGCUCAAACUCGUCGGCAGCGACGCCCUCGCCCUGGAGACGUUCCCGGAGCAGAAGCGCCGCGCGGUAUGGAAGAUUGCGGGCGACGUGCGGGAACACGGCGCGGACUUGCUGCAACGCAGCUGGGAGGCCAUUGGCUGGGAGACGACGCCCGAAGACAAGAAGCAGUACGGGCUGGAGAAGAUGGGCGGGUUCCAGGUCCAAUACGUGCCGAGUCUCGUUGCGCCGAUCGUGGAGUUGUGUCUGAGUGUGCACGAGGGUCUGCGGAGCGUCGCGAUCGAGGUGCUGCAGACGAUGAUUGUGAGCGAGUGGACGUUGAGCGAGGACCUAGCGCUCAUCCAGGCGGAGAUGAUUGAUUGUUUGGAUCAGUUGUUCAAGACGAAGCCGCUGACCGAGGUCGUGCUGCAGAAGCAUUUCAUACAGGAGCUUGUGGGGAUUUUCGAGCCACUGGCGCAGGACCCCGAGGAUCCGCUGUUCGUGGCUGUUAAGAAUCUGAUUACUACGAUUGACGAGCUGCUGGACCUUCUCGUUGCUGUGCAUAGCACCGAAGCGACGGGUGAAGUGUUCCGCAUCAUGGAUACGCUUCAUCUCAUGGAGUUCCUGAAGGACAUGCAGAAGGAGGACAUUUACAUCCGAUACGUUCACCAGCUCGUGCGACUGCAGGCCGACGCACAGAACUUCACAGAGGCCGGCCUGGCGCUUCGACUCCACGCCGAGCUUUACGAAUGGGAUCCCGUCACGACGGUCGAACCUCUCAUCGACCCCGCCUUCCCCUCACAAUCGUCGUUCGAGCGCAAGGAACGGCUCUAUUUCGAAAUGAUCAGCCACUACGAGAACGGCCAGUCCUGGGACAACGCACUCGGCACGUACAUGGAGCUCGCGACGCAGUACGAACACAACGUCUUCGACUUUUCCAAGCUGGCCCGCACGCAGCACGCCAUGGCUACGAUUUACGAAAGCAUCGCGAAGGGCGACAGGCCUAAUUCUCGGUACUUCCGGGUCAUCUACAAGGGCCUCGGGUUCCCGGUGGGACUGAGGGAUAAGCAGUUUAUCUUUGAGGGAUCGCCGAAUGAUCGCCUGGCUACGUUCACGGAUCGCAUGCAGCAGCAGCAUCCCGCAGCGCAGAUAUUGAACGCGGGAGCUGAGGGCGAUGUCGAAGGGCAGUAUUUGCAGAUCUUCCCCGUCAGCCCGCAGAAAGAUCUUACGCAUCCUAUAUACCAACGUGCGAAGGUCGCACAGUCCAUUCGUGACUACUAUCUCCUUUCCAGGCCGACGCAGUUCACCACGACGUCCCGCCGCACGACGAGCAACGCUCCCGCGGGCGUGGGAGCAGAGAAGACAGUCUACACGACGGCAGAAGCAUUCCCAACGAUCCUCCGUAGAAGCGAGAUCGUAGCCGUCGGGACCAUAACGCUAACGCCGCUGCAAACCGCGAUCGAGCGGACAGCCCGCAAGACGGCGGAGAUGGCGGCGAUUGAAAAGAGGGUGCAGGAGGGCGACGACGCGGCGAUCACGACGCUCACGACGGAAAUCAUGUUCGCGGUCGACAACACGUCCGACACGUCCGUCGUCAACUACCACGACCUCCUGCCCAGAGUGACGUCUCCGACACCGCAAUCACGUCCGGCACGGCAAGACAAAAAGAGGCUUAGUCUCGCGUUCUUCAAAGGCGGGUCAACAUCCGAAGUCAAUUCUCAGUCAGAGCGCCGCGCAGCCGACAAGCCGUACAUCGACCCGCACGACCUCCUCGACGCGGAAUCCGUAACCAGCGCCUCCCGCCGAAGCAUUAGCAAAGACCGGAGCACGACGACAGCCACUUCCCGCAGCAAAGACGGCAGCACCUCGCACCAGCACAACCGCUCCACCAACCGCCUCUCCCUCUCCCUCCUCUCCUCCAACUCGCCCACGCCCGAAGCCCUGCCCCAAACCUUCCCCCUCCCACCUCCCGUCCCGUCCUCCGGCGGCCACGGCCACUCCCAAAACAGCCUCAGCCUCAGCCAAACCAUCAGCAAAGUCACCAGCCGCACCAGCCGCUCCGCAAGCCAAUCCCGCGGCCAGAGCACCGAGCGCAGCCGCGCGGCAUCCACGUCGCGGCCCCCGACCUCCAAGAGCGGGAAGAGCAAGCGCAGCGAGAGCGUCGACCCGCACUCUGACACGAAGAGUGGCCAUCGCGAGGGCAACACGAGCAAAGUCACAAGCAAAGCAGAGAAGAUGGGAAGUUCGGUCCGCAAGCGCUUCAGCAUCUUGAACAUCGGCGGGGGCGGGUCCUCGUCGAGCAGUUCGUCGGGCAAGAAGGGGUCGAAGUCGGGGGGCAGCGUGAGGGGGAGGAAGGCGGUUGAUACCCUGACGGAGGAAUGA